AUGUUUGCUGAAAGCGACCACUCUCUGCUCGCGCAAUUCCCUGACAAGCGACCUGCAUCUCCGAGCUUCGAAGGUGACACUCGAUGUGACAAAAAGAGCCGCCUUCAGGCAGUGGAGCCUGAUUUUGAUCAGGACUUCCUCGGUCUUUUCGAAUCCCACCAUCUUCCGUCUUUUACUCCAACUUCUAACGAUGUAUCAUUGGACGAGAGUUACAUGGAGCUGGAUGAGGGCAACGACACAGAACUCGUGUUUAGUCGUGCCGAGUCACCUGCACCUGACACGCUGCCUGACACAUGUUUUGGCGUGAUCGCGGUUAGUGCGAACUCGUUAUUCUUCCGAGGUCGCCAGGAGAGCCAAGCGACCACAGCUGCAGUUGAUAUGCGGCCAUGUGGGAGUUUCAUCAAGUUGUAUACUCUAGACUCGAGCAAAUAUGCGGGGAUCGUUACGGAGCCUGCACUGCUCACACUGUUGUCAGAACCUUCGGUGAAGGUCAAUGCAUCGCUGGUUGCACCAGAAUCUCGCUCAUCGAAAAGCAAAGCCGAAACACAGGACUCAAGCGGCCUUGAACCAACACCCACUCUCCGCAUGGUAGUUUAUGGUACAAUGAGAAACAGUACCAACGUCGGAAAUCUGCUAUCCAACGCCGGCCUCUGUUUCCAGCAGCCAUCUCCUCGCGAUGUUCAGCAACUCGAUCUAGACGCUGAAUACUUCAAUCCACACUACCUUGUUCGACCUGGCUCUCAAAUGCCCCGCCUGGAGGAUCUGGCCAUAGCUAGUGAUGAUGCGACGACAACUACAUGCCUUGACGAGGCGGCCAAGGGUCAACUGAUGGGAAUCUUUGACAUGGCGGGGGACUUAGGCAUCAAGCCGACAACAACACCAAGCCCACGACUCCGGCAUCAGCUAACCGCUCUUGCUAUGCUCAGCGAGAAGGAAUGUUUCUCCCUUGACAUGGGGCAAUGCGCUUCUCUUUGGGAAGAGUCCGAAGAAAUGGGGCUUGGGAAAACCUUGAGCGUUCUAUCACUCAUCUGUUGGUCUCUGGAUACAUUCAGUGACCUCGAAAACACACGAGAAAGACCAACGUCUUUGACGACGUUGGUGGUAACCACCAAGUCAACAAUCACUGGAUGGCAAAAUGACAUUGAGAAGCACAUUCAUCCCAGUCAAUUAUCUGUGGCUAUCUACCACGGUGCCGAUCGAGGUCGUCUCGCGAAACAUUUCCGUAACCACGACAUUAUCUUGACGACUUAUCAGACUCUCAGAUCUGACUGGGCUGCUAAGGGGCCACUAUUCUCUGAAGAAUGGUUUCGCGUCGUCCUUGACGAAGCACAUCACAUUGGCAACCGAUCUACUCAAAUAUUUCGUGCAGCAUGUGACCUGAACUGUUUGAGACGCUGGUGUCUCACUGGCACUCCAAUACAGAACACCCUGGACAACUACGGAGCUUUGUUGAGCUUCCUCCGAAUACCACUUUUUGUUGAAAAGUCCAAAUUUGAUCAUUGGAUCUCCAAUCCCGUACGGGACGAGCGACCUCAUGGCCUCACAAAACUCCGCAUUCUUGUUCAAGCAACAUGUCUCCGCCGGACGAAGCGGAGCAUCAGCCACUCGCACAAACUUCCUAACCGCACGGAAAAGAUUGAAAGGGUUGAUCUAAAUCCAAAUGACCGUGAGCUCUACAAGUUCUUUAGUGCCAUUGCCACUCGGAUUGCGUCCGGAUCAUCGGAGGACGAGAGCAAUGUGCGCUCAACAGAUAAGAACGGCAACAAGAAUGUUUUGCCCAUCAUCAACUUCCUACGACGCAUUUGCAACCAUGGAGAGGAUCUCCUGCCGGCUUCUGCCGCGGAAGCAUGGAAACUAAAGCAAAGUGGUUUGAUGGAUUCACAGAUGGCUCAGUUCCCUGGAGACAGCUGUGCCCUAUGCCACGGCGACUUACAUUCGGCCUCGGGGAGCCUCUUGUGCGCCAUCUGCCUUUUGGCUAGACAGGGCUCUGAACCUACAGAGACGCCUGGCUCUUCUCGUGUCGAAAGCCCCCAAGGCGAGACUCCUACUUCCCCUCACCAUCCAUCCGCCAAGGUGGAGGCGUUGAUUCGAAAUCUAGGUAACGAGCAAGUGGAAAACCAGAACGGAUCUGAGGCAAGACCUGUGAAGAGCGUAGUGUUCAGUUACUGGACCAAGAUGCUUGACCUUGUUCAGAUCGCCUUCCGACAAAGCGGUUAUUCCUAUGAGCGAAUAGACGGCCAAAGCUCCCUUCGACAGAGGCACAGAGCUAUGUCUAAGUUUAAUAACAACCCUGCAUGUACCGUAUUGCUGGCGACGAUUGGUAGCGCUGGUGAAGGUAUUGACUUGACGGCGGCAAAUCACGUGCAUUUGAUGGAGCCUCAUUGGAAUCCCAUGGCAGAAGAGCAAGCGAUUGCUCGCGUUCAUCGAAUUGGUCAGCGGCGCCCUGUCAUCGCCACCAAGUACAUAACCCCUCGAUCGAUUGAGGAAGUAGGUUACCUUAGCACUCUAAACAACAGAGACUUUGACCCAGCUAACGGUUCUAUCAACCAGUAUGUUCUAGAAAUGCAAAAGGAGAAGCUCGCGCUAAGCCGGAAGGCUCUGGACUUCGCUGCCAAUUCCCAGCAGGAAGUAGGCAGUGAGCGAUGGAAGACAUUGAGGCGUUAUCUUGAUGUAGAGGACGAUGUAUGA